UAUUUUCCCCAGAAUCCACCAACUAACUGCAUUUUGGGGUGAAAUUUCGGAUGCUUGUCUCUUCUGAGGGUUUAUUGGCAGGGCCCGGGGUUGAAGAAGAGCUGCCUCUAGUCCCGCACAGCCUCAAUCCACAAACCCCGCUGCUUCACUGGGCCUGGCGGUGCGGAGGCGGCUCCCGGACCGGGCGGAGGCGCGCUCGGCGGCGCCGCGUGCGCAUGCUCGUGGCCGUUGGCUGGGUCGGAACCUGGUUUCAGGGCUGCGCAGCCGGAGGACCGUGUUGGGCGACGCACCGGACGUUGGCUGCUGGAGGAGCCGGGAGACGAAGCUGGAGCGGCGGUGGCGGCGACGGCGGGAGGCUGGGGCUGAGGCCGGGGCCGGGGCUGUGAGGCCCGUGGGGCGACAGGCGGCGGCGGCGGCGACCCGGGGCCCGAGUCCGGAGCCAGGAGCGGCCGCCAUGGCCGAGAGCAUCAUAAUUCGUGUCCAGUCCCCAGAUGGGGUGAAGCGGAUUACAGCCACAAAGAGAGAAACAGCUGCAACAUUUUUGAAAAAGGUCGCAAAGGAGUUUGGCUUCCAAAACAAUGGCUUCUCAGUUUACAUCAAUAGAAACAAGACUGGAGAGAUAACAGCAUCAUCCAGCAAAUCCCUCCACUUGCUGAAAAUCAAGCAUGGCGAUUUGUUGUUCCUGUUUCCCUCAAACCUUGCUGGACCUUCUUCUGAAAUGGAAACGUCAACCUCAGUAGGGGUAAAGGCCUUUGGCACUCCCAAUGUGGUGGAGGAUGAGAUUGAUCAGUACCUCAGCAAGCAGGAUGGGAAGAUCUACAGAAGCCGGGACCCGCAACUAUGCCGCCAUGGCCCGUUGGGAAAGUGUGUGCACUGUGUGCCGCUGGAGCCAUUCGAUGAGGACUACCUGAACCACCUGGAGCCUCCUGUGAAGCACAUGUCCUUCCAUGCCUACAUCCGGAAGCUGACCGGAGGGGCUGACAAGGGGAAGUUCGUUGCCUUGGAGAACAUCAGCUGCAAAAUUAAGUCAGGAUGUGAGGGACACCUCCCAUGGCCUAACGGCAUCUGCACCAAGUGCCAGCCCAGUGCCAUCACGCUGAAUAGACAGAAAUACAGACACGUGGACAACAUCAUGUUUGAGAAUCACACUGUUGCUGACCGCUUCCUCGACUUCUGGAGAAAGACCGGGAACCAGCAUUUUGGGUACUUGUACGGACGGUACACAGAGCACAAAGACAUUCCCCUUGGCAUCAGGGCCGAGGUGGCAGCAAUUUACGAACCUCCUCAGAUUGGUACACAGAAUAGCCUGGAGCUUCUAGAAGAUCCAAAAGCCGAGGUAGUUGAUGAGAUUGCUGCCAAACUUGGCCUAAGGAAGGUUGGCUGGAUAUUCACAGAUCUCAUCUCAGAAGAUACCCGAAAGGGCACAGUCCGAUACAGUCGAAAUAAGGACACCUAUUUCCUGAGUUCUGAAGAGUGCAUCACUGCAGGAGACUUCCAAAACAAGCACCCCAACAUCUGUCGACUCUCCCCUGAUGGCCAUUUCGGAUCCAAGUUUGUUACUGCAGUGGCCACAGGUGGUCCCGACAACCAGGUCCACUUUGAAGGGUACCAGGUGUCCAAUCAGUGUAUGGCGCUUGUCCGUGAUGAAUGUCUGCUGCCAUGUAAGGAUGCCCCUGAGCUUGGAUACGCCAAGGAAUCCAGCAGCGAGCAGUACGUGCCUGAUGUGUUUUAUAAGGAUAUAGACAAGUUUGGCAACGAGAUCACCCAGCUGGCCCGGCCCCUACCUGUGGAGUAUCUGAUCAUAGACAUCACAACAACCUUCCCCAAGGAUCCAGUUUAUACUUUUUCUAUUUCGCAAAAUCCAUUUCCUAUUGAAAACCGGGAUGUACUGGGUGAGACGCAGGACAGCAUCAGCCUGCUGCUGGAGGCAGUGAGGACCAGAAAUGAGGAGCUGGCCCAGACGUGGAAGAAGUCUGAGCAGUGGGCCACCAUCGAGCAGCUGUGCAGCACUGUUGGUGUGCAGCUCCCAGGCCUCCAUGAGUAUGGUGCCGUCGGAGGCUCCACACGCGCUGCCACCACCGCCAUGUGGGCCUGUCAGCACUGCACCUUCAUGAACCAGCCGGGCACGGGUCACUGUGAGAUGUGCAGCCUUCCUAGGACCUAGAGCUCCAGCCCUCUGCUGGGUGGACUGGGCCAGCCCAGCCCUCUGAAGCCAGGAGUGUUACGUGUCCCCUGUAUGGCUGAAGCCAGCAGCCCUGCAGGGGCAGAACCAGCUGCCCUGGUGUCCUUGGACCCACCAAAGCUUCUCAGCUCUGAUCCUGGAGUGGUGGCUCUGGCGGGUAUGCUGGGCCUGAACACAGCCAACUGGAAAUGCCAAGCAGCCCUGCCCAGGAGCACCCACCCCACACACCUUGUGCAGUGCACAGCCCCACCAUGGUGGAAGGACCAGGCACCUCCACUUUCUCACCUGGAGGGGGCUCCUGCCACCAGCUUCCCUUUCCCUUCUCAGUGCUUUCUGUUCUGUUCUUUACACCCCACCCCACCCCACCCGUGUGUUUGGUUGGCAGCUCUGGGCUGCCUCUGUCUUCUGUUGCUCUGGCAUAGAGGCCCCUGUCCAAGAGGGCCACAGCCUCCUUGGCUUGACCUGCAAAUUAGCGGCUGCCUUCCCUUCUCUCACCCAGCAACCAGAUGGGAUUUUAAAGUCUCCAUUGCUUGUAAUAACAGUUAUUAGUAAUUCGUGCCCCAGAAGACUUUUAUUUAUUGUUUUUAAGAUAAAACUGCACAAAAGGGGAGACAGACUAGGCUAGUGUCCUCUUUGUCCCUCCUUCAGUGCAGCCCCUCUGGGUGUUCGGGGUGGUGAGUAGGCAGGGGCCCCCGUCAGUUCGCCUCACAAACCUCAGUGCCUGAGACUUUUCUACCAAGCCACACAGGUGUGGCAGCUGGCGAUGUGGGUGGCUGAGCAAGAGUAGUGGUGGCUCUCACCUGGCAGGCAGCCCCUCCAGACAGCUGGGAGGGUGAGCACCGGGGCUUUGCUCCUCUCUCCCCAAUGUUGUCCCUCUCCCCAUGGCUCUGUGCUGUGGCCAUUGAAAUGGGCCUGGAACAGAGCGCCUUGUGGGACCUGUGGGACCUGGGCAGGUGAUAGAUACUGUGUGAGGUCCAGCAACCCAGAACAGGUUCCAGCAGUCUUGAAUGCCGUGUGGCUGGCUUUGGCCCUUUCCCAGGCGAGCGGUGAGCAUCUUAAUGCCUCUUUGCCUUAAUGAGAGCCAAGUCAGCUGUGCUGGCCCUGGGAAAGGCCAGCACAGUGGCAGGCAGUUGGGAAACUGUCACCCUGGAGUAGCAAGCCCACAAAGUCCUCCCCAUCCUUGGUCCUGUGGACAGAAACCUGGCCUGCUUUCCGUGCCAUGGUCGGGCUUUGAUCGGCACCCUAGGUCCGCUUGCUGUGGGAUCUCAUGAAGGCCGAUGCUUCAUUUGCUCCUGGGGCUAUGAGCCUCUUGGAUUAGGUCAGGCCAGGGCCAUUGGGGGUCAGAGGAGGUGGGAAAUAGCCAGGUCAGCAGCCUGUCUGCCAGUGUGCGGGUGCCAAGGCAGGCUGUGUGGCCUGCCUCUGGGAGCGGUCUCGGCUGGGGCUUUGUCCUCCUCUGUCUCACCUGCGUCCUGAGGUCAGCCGUGAGACUGAAUGCUGUGCUGGUUGCUCACUGUGUCCAAGGCCAUUCAUGCCAGCACUGCUGCCCAGCUUGGUCAGGCGGUGGACAGUGCAGGCUUCCAGAAACCUUGCUGCCACUGCUACCAUGGUCUCCUCUCCCACUCACUCUUGUCAUUAUCCACCAAGCUCAUUUCCUUUCCUCUUCAACCAAUAUUUUUCUUGCUCUAAAGUUCUGGCAUCCACAUAGUUCAUGUUUUCUUUUGUCUUUUAGCUAAAGAAAAAGUGUUGUGAUUUCUCUGCUUAUGGUUUUGAGUUACUCUUUGUUCAGUAAUGCACUUUAUUUUAUUGUCCAAAGAGAGUCAAGCAAAUGCUACCAGCUGGGGUGAGCCUGCCAAGGGUUAGGCCUGGCUGCUCACCUCUUACACGGGAGUGGCUCCGGCCCCACCUUGCAUCCCCUGUGGAUCCCCUUGCUCAUGCCAGCAGGUACCAUAGCCCAGAGAGGGGUGCCUGAGUGCACACCUGUCCAGGUGAACACAGCAGCUGCUGAGGUCUGGCCCCGCCCACCCAGCCCACCUCCGACAGUCUGCUCCUGGGACAUAGGUGCUCCGCUUCGGCUCUGCUUUGGGCUCACAGGUGUGUGUUGGCUGGGUCUGGACUAGCAUUACUUUGACCCCAGCCUUGCAGUGGAACCUAAUAAAGCACCUGAAGCGACUGCCCCA